AUGCCCCACCUUCCAACCGUCGACGACGGCUCGAAGCAGGAACUUGUCUUUCCUCCCGUCACCAAAGACCAUAUUCAAAACUGCUCUUAUAAUGAGUGGUUUCCAAAGUAUAGGAGCUCAUGUAUAAAGUCGAGGAUAAUCCCUCUGUCGGCUGAUUUCGUGUCUUAUCUCAAUGAAGACGGCAUCGUCCUAGCCGACGACGAAGACGCCGGGCAAACAGAGGAGGAAGAGGAAUGGGCUACUACCACCAAUACUUCAUCACGAGUGCGUGAGAUUGAAUCAGACGAUGAAGAUGAAGAGGAUGAACCAGACAGGCUUCCGCCCAACCAAAGGUUUCCUGAAAUACAUCAACUGAUCAAAUCCAAGAUCACCGAGCUGGGUGGCGCCGUCGUACCCAAACUGAACUGGUCCUCUCCCAAGGACGCCAAAUGGAUCUCGCCUCAUCAAAACACACUCAAGUGUACAUCACCAAAUGACAUUUACCUGCUGCUCAAGUCCUCAUCAUUUAUCUCCCAUGACCUCCAUCAUGCUUUCGAUGGAUGCACCUCCACUCCACCAACCCGUCCCUACGCUCCCGUCCUCGUCCUUCGCCCCUUUUUCAAUCCCCAUGUCGCCCUAGAGUUCCGCUGUUUUGUCAAACACCGGUCUCUCAUCGCCAUCACCCAGCGUGAUCUCAACUACUACUCUUUUCUCAACGGCCUCAAGAGCAACUUGACCCGCAAGAUCAAGGCCUUCUUCGACAACACCCUCCGCUUCACGUUCCCAGACGCCAGCUUCGCUUUUGACGUCUAUGUGCCCGAGAGUGCCUUUGAGGACGACGGCUUGGGCAAGGUGCGCCUCAUUGACAUCAACCCAUGGGCUCCACGCACCGAUAGCCUGCUCUUCGAUUGGCAGGAGCUGCUUGAAUGGGAGGUGGCCAACCCCCUAUACGGCUCCCCUAGCACGGCAGAUGCGGACGGAGAGCUUCCAUCUGAGAGCGGCGAAGACACCACAGCCACAUCUGAGACCGAUGAGGACGGGGCCGCAGAUGGUGGUGUAGUGCGAAUAAGAUUCAAGCCCGGUGAAGAGCCCGAGUUCAGGAUCAUUGAGCGGGACGACCCUGCAGCCUUUAACUUCAGUUCAUCGCAAUAUUCUGCACACAAACUUCCGAAAGAGGUGGUCGAUGCCAGUCUUUCUGGUGAGGGUGGAAUCCGGGAGUUUGCUCAGCAAUGGAAGGAGUUGACUGAGGGGAGGGCAGACGGUAUCUGGGAGCAGGCUGCAGGUCUCAACAAGUAG